AUGGGCCAGAGACACAACAGACGUCGAACUCGUCGCUCAACCAACCGCAAUUCACAAGAAAGUCUUUCACAUCCGGUCUCGCCAAUUCCGACUCUUCGGACACCUCAAAACACCUACUGUGACCUUGUGUCUGCCGACAACUCUCCAUGCAGUUCACUGGGAUCGCCCGCAGCCACCCUCGCCCCAUCAUGGCACAAUGGGUAUACGGCCUGGCAGACCCGUGAAUAUCCUUCCAGACUGGAAUCAGGAUUGGAAGAAGAGCAAUGUCGUCUUUUCGGCGGUGAGCCGGGAGAUGACGUGAGUCUCUGUUACCGGAUGCUUGAAUACUUCGGCGCACUGGAUUAUAUCGACUCAACGAGUGGCCAUGCCCUUGGAGACUGA